AUGAUCUCCCAAUCAUCCCUGGCAACCCUAUGUCUUUUAGCAUUGGUCCACGCAUUACCCUCUCAACGCCCGUUCGAAGCAUCCAAUAGCAAGAUUGUGAAUGAGAUCGAGCCAUUAAAGCACUUGUCCGCCAUCUCUCCGUUCUACGUGCCUACCUCUGAGCCCGAUCCGUUGCCUCAAGGAUGUUCGCUCGAAACUGUUUCCGUGCUCAUACGACAUAGCGCCAUUCUAGGGAACGAUGAAGAGUACGAGCAGACCAUGGGACCCUUCAUCGAGAAGUUGGCAAAGUUUGACAAGGAAAAAUUGCCCAGGCUUGGUGAAUGGAGCUUUUUGAGAGACUGGAAAAGCCCGUUGAAAGAGGAUGAAUUGGAUGAGUUGAGUGAGAGAGGAAAGAGGGAUUCCAAGUUCCUAGGGAAAUACUUUAGGAAACAGUAUGGAUCCUUGUUCCCUGAUCCAAAGAAACAUAAGGGGAAGGGAAAGCCGAGCUACAAGGUCUGGACAGCAUCGUCUCAACGAGAUAUCGAUUCUGCGCGAUCAUACAUCCUCGGCUCGUUCCCUGCGCAUCAAUCGGGGGGAAAGGGAGAAGGUGAUGGUGACGUCGUCCAAUUGAUCAAAGUCCCCAACAAGGCCAAGGACUGGGAUAGAUCGUUGACCCCUCACAAGGCAUGCGAUACGUUUGAGAAGCAGAGUUCGCUCAAGCCUGCCAAUCAAUGGCUCAAGGUUUAUGCAAAGGGAAUCAAGGAAAGGCUCCACAGCGAGAUUCCUCAUUUCGCCAGAGAGCUUUCCGAUCAGGACAUCCUGGCCAUGCAGAUGCUAUGCGGCUACGAAUCCAUAGCGACUGGUUCUUCCCCCUUCUGCCACGUUUUCACCGACUCUGAAUGGCGAGAUGUGGAAUACUACUUUGACAUCCGAUGGUACCAUGCCAUUGGAUACGGCAGCCAUCUAUCACCGUACCUCGGCCUACCCUGGGUCAAAACGGCCGCACAUCUGCUAGAGGGUAAGGAUGCAGACGAUUCCGGGCACGAGUCCGUCAUGUUCAAUGGGGGCUCGUGGAUGCUGUCAAAAUCAAAAUUGCCUGGACCUAGACUGCCUCCCAAUGCCACUCAUUCUCAAUUACUCCACCCCUCUUUUACGCAUCGAGAAUCUCCGGCGUUCGUAGCUGUGUUCUUGAACCUCUACAACUCGAGCUCUCUCGCUCAUCCCGCUUCCGAGCCCCUGCCUCUCGAUCACCGAGUCGACGAUCGGGCUUGGCGAUCAUCCCACCUCAUCUCGUUCUUGGGUCACGUCGCAUUGGAGCGUUUCAAGUGUACGGGAACAGAAGAUACCAAGCCGCACGGCUUGCUCGAGGAGGACUAUCUCAUACGGCCUGGAUCCCCCUCGCAUAGCUUUGUCCGAGCUGUCGUCAACGGUAAAGCCGAAACCAUGACGGGAUGUGAGGAUGGUCCAGAGGGUUCUUGUCGAUGGAAGACGUUUAGAAAGUUUGUAGAUGAUCGAGUGGAAAGAUGGGGAGAUUGGGAGAGUGUAUGUGAUAAGAAGUGA